UUACGUUUGCCUUCAUUAACGCCAACAUGAACUGGACUCAGGCUCAGAGCUACUGCAGAAACCAUUACACAGACCUGGCCAGAGUCAGAAACAUGGCAGACAUCCAGGAGAUUCAGACGCUGAUACCAUCAGGACAAAGGGUUUGGAUUGGUUUCCACAGAGCUGUCUGGAUGUGGGCAGAUGGAAGCAGGUUCUCGUUUAGCUACUGGAGAUCCAGUGAACCUAAUGGACCUGGUGAGAACUGCACUUCAGCAGACCUGGGAGACUCUGGACAGUGGGAGGACUGGGACUGUGAUGUACAGAGGCCAUUCAUUUGCCACAAUGUGGUUUGUGGGAACUCAACACUUCCUACCCGUGAAUAUAUAAUCGUUGAUGAGCUGAAGACGUGGACAGAAGCUCAGAGAUACUGCAGAGAAAAUCACCAAGACCUGGCAACCGUCACCAACAUGGAGGUGUAUGUCUUCCUUUCAUGUGAUGGAGGUUUCUGA